UAAGACUUUAGGAUUUUAGAUAUCAAAAACUGGUGCCAGUGAAUGGUUUUAAUACACAGAUGAAGGGAUAACAGAAAACAUAAUGUGAACAUAGUUCAGCUUUUAAUACUUACUGGACACUUGCUUUUGUAACAUAUUUCACACUGUAGGUCUGAGCACACAGUGCUUUUAAGCACUUCAUUAACCUACUCAAAGUAAGAUCACUCAUGUAUACUGUAUACCAUGUGAGGAUUGAGAAUUUACUGUAACCCAUGUGAGGAUUGAGGAUGGACAUUUGAACCGGCCCUUUUAUGUUUUGCUGCCGCUGUUGGUGCCCGGGCACCUUUUCAUUUUGCACUUUAUGGCUGACGCUGUAGGUCUUAGCUGUGAUUGAGAUUGGCUGUGAGAUGUGAUUGGUUGGAACAGAGGGGAGGCAUUGUUCAGGACAACUGUUAGGGUGGAUAAAGCAGUGAGGAGGGUCCAGUGAUUGGCAGAAACAGGCCUCGACACCAACAGCUGCGUCUAAGAAUGGAGAGAACUGCAGUGACAGAGGGGACCCACAGAUACUAUACAGAGGCUACGGCUAAAUUUAGAUGGAGCCCUAUUUACUGUAUGCUAGUCAUCCGAUAUUUAUAUGUCGUCUGGGUAGUGUAACAUCAUUCUAGUAUUUUCCGAAUGAACAUUUCCCGAUCAAUUUCAGUUGCUUUAUUGAAAGAGUCCAAAUGUAUUCUAACCAAAAAAAAAAUUUAAAUGUCUCUCUGCUUCCACUGGAUUUGUAACCCAGCCUUUGCACUUUGUAAUCAUGUAACACUUAAGGACAUUUAAGGCUUGUUGUAUGCUUGUCUAGAAUAUGCAUCUCCACACAGAAAAUGGCGAAUAAUUAGUCACAGUCAUUUAGCAACCUCUGACCUUUUGAGGCAGAAUGUGACACCUGCAGUGUGGGGCUACACUGGAGGCGCGAACAUGUGUCUUUUUCUGUUACUGCCUGAGAGAGGAGCCUGGGGGUGGGGAGAGUCCGCAGUAGGAUGGCCGCAGCGAGAGAUAUGCUCUGACUGUGCAGACUGGAGGUUGUGAAUGAAGGGGAAAGGAAUCGUUAAAAGAGCCAAAGCAUGUUGGAUUUGUGAUCCUCUGCCCUCUUUGGUGGAUUGGAAUAUUGGCAGCAAGUGAUUGACUGUGGGAGGUGACGUUUGGGAGGACAAACUGCAGGCUAAGAAGUGGAACCAAGGGUGGAACACGUGUGAAGGUCAGCACAGACAUCUGAAAAACAAAGACAAACACAACAGGAAAUAACCAGGAAUUGCUUUCUGGAGUAUGGCUCUGGAAUAAACAAAAAGACACUCUUGAUGCAGAUGACAACGGCCCUGACGUGCCUGAAAUGUGAAGCAUUCAAAAAGACAACUGUCAGUGUGUGCUUCUUCUCCACCACUAGCUACUGGAUUCUACCUACUACAUGCCUUACACUUUUGUGAUACUUUAACUUCUUUUUUUUUUUCCAUGUAACAUACCUCUGGGAGAUUGCUCACUCUGCAGUCACAAGGCCUUUGAAAUUCAAAACUGAUCAACUAUCUGUGCGUUUUGUGAGACCUUUUUGGUGGAAAUUAGGAUAAAACCACUUUCUCCAUUUCAGAAUAUCAAAGGUUCUUGUCAUCUGAAAUACAGAUGUUUCUAUACACUUUCCUGGCGGUCAUAACUGACCUGGCAGCCGGUCUCCUUGGCCAUGUCUCAUUUCGCCGCCAUUUUCAUUUGUUGAUGGCAGGUCUUGUCAUCUUUGGACCUGCACUAAGCAUGUGGGUCUCCCCAUAUAGUGUCUUCGCAAAGAAGACCCAUUUUCUUUACAGAAUGUUUCUGCGGUCAGGAUGGGGAUGGACCUGUGUCCUCGUGGGCUCCUUCGUCUUCCUCCUCUCUUUCUCCGUCCGUCGCUCCAUCACCCUCUCCCUGCGCCACCUCUCACGGCUGGCCGUGGCCGGAGGUCUGUGGCAGGGUUUCCGGAAAGUUCUGAGCGUGCUGGAGAACACCACGGGUAGCUGCUACGAGCUCCUCAACAGCCCCGAGGAGGGUAGCGGGGCUACCCAGCCUCUCUUGGUGCUGCGGGAGGACGCGAGCAAAGCAGCAUGCCUGAACGCUGGCAUGGUGUGGCGCGGGUACGAAGUCUCGGAGGACACCUUCCUGCUGUGCCUGUGCUGCCUGCUGCUGGCCGAGGAGACGGCCGUCUUCGGGCCCUACCUGCGCCUGGGUGGGCCCUCUGGGGGUCCCCUGCGCUUCAUUUUCCUCUUCUGUGUGCUGCUGCUGGGCCUCUGGAUCUUCCUGCUACUCUGCCUCCUGGCCUACUUCCCUCAGUUCCCCACCCAGUUACUAGGAGGUGCCCUGGGUUGCCUGAGCUGGCGGGCACUCUACCAAGGCUGGUACCGGCUAGGACCCAGUUGGUACUGCCCAGGAAGGCCAGGCGUGGGACUGCUGUCCACUGAGAAGAAGAAUGAGGAUGGGAAGCCUGUGGGGCCAGGCCAAGAAAACGAUGCUAAACACAAGUAGAGGCCACUCACACAUGAACCAGUGGUCCACUUCUCUUCUCAAGCCAAUGGUACAAUAAAGCUGCAGUGUCUACUGCAUUUUGAUCUUC